AUGGAAGUAUCGAUCUGUAGUCUUAAUUUUAUACCAUCACGCGGUCGACAUACUGGGGAAGAUAUUGCAACGAUUUUCCACGAAUGUUUAUUGGAAUAUGACAUAAUUGAUAAAAUACAGGGUAUCACGGUCGACAACGCAACUGCAAAUACCAAAUUUAUGCAUGAAUUGGACAAACAGCUGCCACACUUUGAUUCAGACAAUCAACAUUUCCGGUGCUUUGCUCACAUUUUGAACCUUGGUGUACAAAAUUUAUUAAAGACCUUAGCAUUACACAGUGAAACUGACAAUAAGGGACAAGAACAGCAGUAUGAAGACAAUGAAGACGAAACUGAGGAAGAUGAAGAAUAUGCCCCAAAUAUUGCUGACUCACGUACAGCUAUAACAAAAUUACGCGGUAUUUCCAGUAAAAUAAAAAAAAGUGAGAUAUUGAAGAGGAAGUUUCAGUCUGCUUGUGAAGCAGCUGGCGUGCCAUCAAAUCUGAACCCCAUACUCGACUGUCCAACGAGAUGGAAUUCCACACAUGAUAUGAUUGGAUUUGGUUUAAAAGUGAGAACUGGCAUUAACAUAUUGUGCACUUCUGUCACCGAAUUGAAUGAUUUUCAAAUCACAGAUAGUGAAUGGCAAAUACUCGAAAAAUACAUAAGUUUCUAA